GGUGCGCGGUGCAUUGUGGGUGUGCAAAUACAGCGCAGAAGAAGAAGAAGAAGAAGAAGAAGAAGAGGGGGGUGAAGCACAAAGGAAUGAAAAACAAGCGUCUCGGGGAGAGGAACUUUGCACUUCGACCCGUUGUGAUGGGAAUGUUAACGCCGGCGGAAAGUCGACCGUGAGUCUCGUUUCCUUCGGCGGCUUCGCAGGCGGACGAACUGCCCCGACGAGCGCCGGGGAAUGUGAGUGGUCGGGGCUGAGCGGCAGAGGGGAGCGCACCGCUGUCGGAGCUGCUCGCAUCCCGAGGCCCCUCGUCGACACCGCGGGCCUCGUCCUCCGGAAGGACGCGUUUCCUGUACACGGCCCUGAAGUGACUCCACCAUGGGGGUCAAGACCUUCACCCACAGCUCGACCUCCCACAGCCAGGAGAUGCUGGACAAGCUCAACGCUCUGCGCAACCAGGGUCACCUCUGCGACGUCACCAUCCGGGUCCAGGACAAGCUCUUCCUGGCCCACAAGGUGGUCCUGGCCUGCUGCAGCGAGUUCUUCCGCUCCAAGCUGGUGGGCCGGCCCGAGGAGGAGGACAAGUUCGUGCUGGACCUCCACCACGUGACCGUCAGCGGCUUCGCCCCGCUGUUGGAAUACGCCUACACGUCCACCCUCGCCAUCAGCACGGAGAACAUCAUCGACGUCCUGGCGGCCGCCAGCUACAUGCAGAUGUUCGCCGUCGCCAGCACGUGUUCGGAGUUCAUGAAGUCGAGCAUCCUGUGGAGCCCCGGCAGCAGCAGCAGCAGCAACAACAACAACAACAACAACAACGGCAUGGCGGCGGACAAGCCGCACCCGUCGGCGCCGGAGAGCGCCUCGUCGAACUGCGCCCUGACGCCGCUGGACGGCAGCGUGUCCCCCGUCUCGUCGGACUGCAGCGUGAUGGAGAGGAACGUCCCCGUGUGCCGCGAGUCACGCCGGAAACGCAAAAGCUUCGCGACGAUGGCGUCGCCGGAGAGCCCGCUCAAAUGCACGGCGCAGAUGGUCGCCACCUCCCCUCAGAUCCCCAACCCGUCCCCUUCGUUCUCGGACGGCGCCGCCCAGCCCGUGGAGUCCUCGCUGGCCUUCCCGUGGACGUUCCCGUUCGGAAUCGACCGGCGGUUCCACUCGGACAAGUCGAAGCUCCCGGAGAGCCCGCGCUGCUCGGAGCAGGGCGCCGCCGGGACCUCGGAGGCGGCGGUUGGCCGGCGGCUCAGCGACUUCCUGACGUGCGAAAGCUCCAAGGUCGCGGCGUCGUCGCCGGUGCCGCCGGCCGAGGAGGAGGAGGACGUGCGGGUGAAGGUGGAGCGCCUCAGCGACGAGGAGGUCCAGGAGGCGUCCUCGCAGCCCGUCAGCGCCUCCCAGAGCUCGCUGAGCGACCAGCAGACGGUGCCGGGGAGCGAGCAGGUCCAGGAGGAGCUCCUCAUCAGCCCACAGUCCUCCUCCAUAGGGUCGAUGGACGAGGGCGUGUCGGAGGGCUUGCCGUCGAUGCAGAGCGCCUCGAACACCGGAGGACACGGCGAGGAUGACGAAAGGUUAGAAGGCAUCCAGUACCCGUACCACCUCUACAUCAGCCCCUCAGCCAGACCCGGCACCAACGGGCCCGACCGGCCCUUCCAGUGUCCGACCUGCGGGGUCCGAUUCACGCGCAUCCAAAACCUGAAGCAGCACAUGCUCAUACACUCCGGCAUUAAGCCUUUCCAGUGUGACCGCUGUGGGAAAAAGUUCACACGGGCCUACUCCCUAAAGAUGCAUCGGCUGAAGCACGAAGUGAUUUCCUCGUGCCCGACUACCUGAGCCAGGUGCAGGAGGAGGAGGAGGCGUUGGGAGUCCAGUACGCCGCCUCCUCCUCCUCCUCCGCCGCCGCCUCGUCCUCCUGCUCCGUCCAGAUGCCCGUCAUCUCCCAGGUCUCCUCCUCCACGCAGAACUGCGAGACCUCCCCCCACGGCUUCCUGUCGCCCGACCCGCUGGACCCCCUGGCCUCCCUCAAGAUGGCCGCCGCCGCCACGGAGGCAACCAAGAUGGACGACGGCGUGGGAGGCGGGUCCCCGGAGGGGUUUGAGGAGGAGCAGGAGGACGACGAGGAGGAGGAGGAGGAGGAGGAGCAGUGUGCCAAGGAGCCGGCUUCCAUCACCAUCGAGUGACUCCUUCAUUGAAGCUCGACGAGGGAUUUUAGUUUUGUUGCCCCUCACACACACACGCACACACACACGCACACACACACACGCACACACACACACACGCGCGCGCGCACGCACGCGCGCAGCAACAACACAGAUGCACUUAUUAUGUUUUAAAAAAUCAACUCCAGCAAAGUAAAUCAUUUUUUUUCUCAAUAAUUCUCUUUUUGAAGUGAUUUUUUUCCCCCGAGUUGAGUUCUUUUCAAGCCGAGUCGUGUUUUAGGAAGUUUUACUUUGUAUUUUUUUAUUCCCACGUGAAGCGUUCGAGGUGUCGAAUCUAAAAAAAAGCCUUGCCCGACUUUUUUUUUGGAAAGUGCCUGAGAGAAAAGUCCUGUUUUUUAGUUUUUAAAACGAAGCGACGAGGAGGCGAGGAGACGAGGAGGCGAGGAGACGAGGAGGCGAGGAGACUUUUGCAAACUGAGCUCACGAAAAGAAGAAAAGCACCUCCACAGUAUUUCAUUUGUAGUGAUGACGCUUUAUUAGUUUAUGGCAAACUGUUCAAUGUCAAUAUUAUCUCUCUUGCAAUCGCUUGUACUGUAGUUUUACUAUUUGAAUGCUGUGUGUUGGGUGUUGUGAACAUGUCAGGUGUGUGUGUGUGUGUGUGUGUGUGUGUGUGUGUGUAUGUGCAUUUUUCUUUUUUUCAUCUAUAUGAACACAGUACAUUUAAUUUUUAAAUGUUUUUACAAAAAAACUUGAAAUUAUAUUGACAGAGUAUUCCCUUAAAGAUUGUUUGUGCAGUGACAUUUUUCCACCUUUUUUGUUUGUUUGUUUGUUUGUUUGUUCAAUCAAAACCUCGAGUGAAACUUAAAUCCAACGAAAGCAAAACGCACACAAAAAAAGGACUAAAAUGUAGAAAUUCAAAAUGUUAUUUAUUAAUUUUUUUUUCACAACUGGGCUCCAGAGAAACGAUAAUGUAGCGCCGCUCAUCAGAUGUGUUGACGUGUUUUUGUUUGUUUUGUUUGUCUUUUCUUUCUUUUGUGAACACCAAGAAUAUUAAGUUGAGUGUUGUUUGACCAGCUGUAUUCUCUUUUUUUAUUUUAUUUUAUUUACAUUAAUUGUCACAAAAGGGGGGGGGGACUACAUUUUCUAACCAAUAAAUCUUUUUAUUUUUUUAUUGUUUUAUUAUUUUUUUUUUAAACGGGGGAAGCAGGAAGUGAUGCAACCGGACUGAUGCCGUCUGUGAUGGCGAGUCUACGGGAGGUCAUGUGACCACGCUGCUUUAAAAGCAGCAGAAGCUAACGAGCUAACGCAAAAUACUGUGAGCCGUCAUAGAUGAGUAUAUAUAUAUAUAUAUAUAUAUAUAUAUAUAUAUAUAUAUAUAUAUAUAUAUAUAUUGUAAGAAGAGAGCUUGUCAUUUCACCGUAAACUGAUUGAGAACAGUUUGGGCUUUUUAUUUCAUUUUUCGGGGUCAAAUUUCCGUCUCCUGUUCCUUGUUGUUGUUGUUGUCGUCGUCAACAUGGUUUCAAUCGUUGUGCCUGUAUUCCUGAGAAGAUAAUGACACCCGUGAUAAUAACUCACGAGUUGAAUGCUACUGACUGACUGGGCGUGUUGUUUGUUGUUUAUUGUUUAUCUCUGCCCCCCCCCCCCCCCCCUAAAGUAGUCCCAAACCGCCGCCAUUAAGGAAGCUCCCAGCCGGAUGUAAGACCUCACACACAGGGUUGAUUGUAAAUGUGAAGAUUAAUAUAUCUUUGUGACGAGGGCAUCAAUAUUAAUCAUUAUUAUUGUCUUAAUAACCCUGCGUCUAAAAUCGUGCCAUUUUGUCCCUUUUUUUUUUGUUUUUUUUUAAUCCGGCUACUAAUCACGCUUUAAAAUAAAAAAUUCCCUACAGGACCAAAUGUUCUCUCUCGCCGGGGAGUUGCCAUGGCAAUCAGUAAUUGCACGUAAUAAAGAGUGAAUCAUUCUGAAGGGUCCGUGCUGGUUAGCAAAGGGGUCCUGCUGUUCUGCCCCUUAAAGAGACAGUAACGGUGGGGUCCUGCUGUUCUGCCCCUUAAAGAGACAGUAACGCUGGGGGUCCUGCUGUUCUGCCCCUUAAAGAGACAGUAACGGUGGGGUCCUGCUGUUCUGCCCCUUAAAGAGACAGUAACGCUGUGGUCCUGCUGUUCUGCCCCUUAAAGAGACAGUAACGCUGGGGGUCCUGCUGUUCUGCCCCUUAAAGAGACAGUAACGCUGUGGUCCUGCUGUUCUGCCCCUUAAAGAGACAGUAACGCUGGGGGUCCUGCUGUUCUGCCCCUUAAAGAGACAGUAACGCUGGGGGUCCUGCUGUUCUGCCCCUUAAAGAGACAGUAACGCUGGGGUCCUGCUGUUCUGUUCCUUAAAGAGACAGUAACGCUGGGGUCCUGCUGUUCUGCCCCUUAAAGAGACAGUAACGCUGGGGUCCUGCUGUUCUGUUCCUUAAAGAGACAGUAACGCUGGGGUCCUGCUGUUCUGCCCCUUAAAGAGACAGUAACGCUGGGGUCCUGCUGUUCUGCCCCUUAAAGAGACAGUAACGCUGGGGUCCUGCUGUUCUGCCCCUUAAAGAGACAGUAACGCUGUUUAAGAGGCUCGCCUUAGUACACGGACCUACCAACUCUAGCUGCACAAUAUCAGAAUUAAAGAACAAGAAGAAGAGUUUUCUAUUGUCCAUUUCUAGGUCGUUGCUUUUUAUCGUGUCGUGCGUGUUCGCCAAACAACUUUUUUAUAAUGAAAUGCUGCUGUUUAUUUGUUUGUUUAUUUGUUUGUUUGUUUCGUUUUUGAAAAACGCAAAAGUGCCCAAAAUAUUUUUGUGAACCGAUGGUUGUGCAAUAAAUGGACAGGUGUCGUUUUAAAAGAUUUCAUUUCGUCUUUGGAAUGGUGAAUUAUAUAUAUA